ACCCUGAAACUCCUCACUUUCUCUGGGAACUUUGUGUGCCAGGACCCAGUGACUGGCGGUGAGGAGGCAGCCUCAGGAAGCACCCGCUAUAUAGCAGGGCAGUUGGGCAGUCAUUGGUAACCUAGCUCAUUCAUUAGAAUCACGUAAGAACUCUAAGGGAAACGUAUCUCUCGGAGUGAGGGCGUUUGCGUAAAUCUAUAGGUUUUUCAACAUCGAUGCCAGUUGCUUUGUCUUCUGUAGUCGCCAAGGUGGUUGAGAGUUUAAGCUUGCGGAUAUUGCAAAGGGUUAUUAGAUUCAUAAGUCACACCAAGUGGUGGGCGAUCCACUGAGCAAAGCCGAACUUCUCACAUGAUGACUUCAAACAAGACACAUUACCUUCCAGCAUCUGUUGGGGAGACGAGAUUUUAAGACACUUGAGUCUCCAGGACAGCAAAGGCACAAUGUUCCACCAGGUGAGAAGAGUGAUGACCAUCCUUUUCCUUACUAUGGUUAUUUCAUACUUUGGUUGCAUGAAGGCUGCCCCCAUGAAAGAAGCCAACGUCCGAGGACAAGGCAGCUUGGCCUACCCAGGUGUGCGGACCCAUGGGACUCUGGAGAGCGUGAAUGGGCCCAAGGCAGGUUCACGAGGCCUCACCUCAUUGGCUGACACUUUUGAACACGUGAUUGAAGAGCUGUUGGAUGAGGACCAGAAAGUUCGGCCCAAUGAAGAAAACAAUAAGGACGCGGACUUGUACACUUCCAGGGUGAUGCUCAGUAGUCAAGUGCCUUUGGAGCCUCCUCUUCUCUUCCUGCUUGAGGAAUACAAAAAUUACCUGGAUGCUGCAAACAUGUCUAUGAGGGUCCGGCGCCACUCCGACCCUGCCCGCCGCGGGGAGCUCAGUGUGUGUGACAGUAUUAGUGAGUGGGUAACAGCGGCAGAUAAAAAGACUGCAGUGGACAUGUCGGGUGGAACCGUCACCGUCCUGGAAAAAGUCCCUGUGUCAAAAGGCCAACUGAAGCAAUACUUCUACGAGACCAAGUGCAAUCCCAUGGGCUACACGAAAGAAGGCUGCAGGGGCAUAGACAAAAGGCAUUGGAACUCCCAGUGCCGAACUACCCAGUCGUACGUGCGGGCCCUCACCAUGGAUAGCAAAAAGCGCAUUGGCUGGCGGUUCAUAAGGAUAGACACUUCCUGUGUAUGUACAUUGACCAUUAAGAGGGGAAGAUAGUGGCUUUAUGUUGUAUAGAUUAUAUUGAGACAAAAAUUAUUCUAUUUGUAUAUAUACAUAACAGGGUAAAUUAUUCAGUUAAGAAAAAAAUAAUUUUAUGAACUGCAUGUAUAAAUGAAGUUUAUACAGUACAGUGGUUCUACAAUCUAUUUAUUGGACAUAUCCAUGACCAGAAGGGAAACAGUCAUUUGCGCACAACUUUAAAAAGUCUGCAUUACAUUCCUCGAUAAUGUUGUGGUUUGUUGCCGUUGCCAAGAAUUGAAAACAUAAAAAGUUUAAAAAAAAUGAUAAUAAAUUGCAUGCUGCUUUAAUUGUGAAUUGAUAAUAAACUGUCCUCUUUCAGAAAACAGACAAAAACAAAAAAAACAAAAAAAACAAAAAAAACAAAAAUUUGAACCAAAACAUUCCGUUUACAUUUUAGACAGUAAGUAUCUUCGUUCUUGUUAGUACUAUAUCUGUUUUACUGCUUUUAACUUCUGAUAGCGUUGGAAUUAAAACAAUGUCAAGGUGCUGUUGUCAUUGCUUUACUGGCUUAGGGGGAUGGGGGAUGGGAGGGGUAUAUUUUUGUUUGUUUUGUGUUUUCUUUUGUUUGUUUGUUUGUUUUGUUUCUUUUUUUUUUUAGUUCCCACAGGGAGUAGGGAUGGGCAAAGAACUUCUUCAGUGUCUAUUCUGGUUUAUAAAAGAUACAUUUAUAUGUUGUAAAGUUGUUUGCAAUAUCAAUCAGAUGACUGAAAAGUGAAUAAAAAUUAAGGCAACUGCAUAAAAUGCUCACACUCCACUUCCCAUGAUGCACCUCCCAGAUCCCCCUCCUCCAACCCAUUGGAUGUGGGUUAGGGAAAGCAUCUUUUAUUGGAAGAACCUACGUUUGCUCAAAGCACAUUCUUUCCCUUCCUCCCCUUUGAUUCCCUCGUUGUUUUGCUUUGUCUUAAGGAAGAAAAAUGAAUCGCGUGCCCUACAAUAUUUUACCACUGUGGUGAACAAGUGAAUAAAUUGUGUCACAUUGUGGCACUUGUGGAAACAGUGAUUUUUAUUUUUUUAAAGAAGAGAAAAAAGAACAUCAGGAAGUAACCCAGAAAUCAAAAUUCUUUUUUAUGAGGAGUAAACAUUUGGGUAAAUCAUGGUAAUGCUUUAAAAAAAUAUGGUAAGACUUCACGGUGUCUUGCAAGUGAAAGGUAGAGUUCUGUAUGAACUCAGAAACACCUAGAUCAGAGCAGGAAUCUACAUGCCAGGGAAAUGAGUCUAAACAGCCCUAUGGAGGCUGGGUAGAAUGUACCAUUUCCGGGCAAUGCAGGAAGAAUUUUUGAGUGGCCAUCCCAAGGCCUAGGUAGAGGUGGGGAAUGACCCUUAAGACUUUCCAAAAGGAAAGCCUCAGAAGCACCCUUCAGAGGUGGCUCUGGAAUGACAUGUGUUAAGUUGCUUGGACCUCAUGCUUUAAGUGCCUACAUUAUCUAACUGUGCUCAAGAGGUUCUCCACUGGAGGACCAUACCCAAGCUGACUUAUGCCCUCCAUUCCUCUCCUGGAUAACUGUGCAUAAAGUUGGACUAGCCUGGAGCAGAUUUGGAGUCAAAUGUGGCAUUUGCUAUCAUGAGAUUGAUGCAAUGAAAUAGAAGAUGUCUGCUACAAGAACACAUACUUGCUUUGAAACUGCACUUGAGGAAACCAGGGUUUUAUAUUUUGAGAACUUUUGGUCAAAGGAGAGAACAGGAAAAGGCCCCCAAACUCAGGCUGAAUGAUGAAGGCCUGAAAAGAUAGAAAUCUUGUCCAGAGACAAGACUUGGGAAGGUGCCUUGCUCCAUAGAAGAGGCCAGAACAGAGCUGACAAAGCUUUGCUCCCCAAGUGAAGGUCACAGCAACCUCCUGCCCAUUCUGUCUGUUCAAGGAGAGGGUCACUGCUUCAACUCUGCCAUUUUGGGUUAGGAGAGGUCAAAUUAGGAAUCUGAAAUAGUGUUCCUGGGAAAAGUGGAUCCCAGUGAAAAUUAGUGCUAAGCCUAUCUACCCAUUCAGCUCACUUCCACACCUGGAAAUGAUAGUGUUUACCACCUGGGACAGUGUUCUAGAGUAUCAGAAAAAGCUGCAAGCAAUUGUUGCAGGGUGAGGAAUAAGCAAACAAGGAUGUCCAUUGUGACCCAGGGAGUGAAGAUGCUGUCAGCAAAUUUCUGUCUUUCGUUUAGAGGUAGCCUGUCUUUUAGAGUACAACCUGAAUACCUAUCUUUAAAUGAAGAAAGACUUUAUGUAGUAUAGGUUUGUUUUGUUGUGCCGUUCAACAAUAUUAUCUUUGUAAUUAUUUUUCAUCUGUAAGGAAUGCUUUUGGAAUGUCUGCUGUAUGCUAACUUUUCGCAGCUUCCUUUUGAGGGACAACAUUUAAAAAACAAACAAGUCCCUAUCCACAAUCUUAAGGUACUGCAAGGGCCAGAUCUGUUAAGUUUCGCAGGAGACAUUUCAGCAAUUGUGUGGUCAGUGGCUCUCCCUUACCCAAUGAGAUACAUCACAGUCACAUGCUUGGUGGUUUAUGUUGAACUAAGAUUUAUUUUGUUAAACUCUCUCUCUCUCUGUUGCUGUUCGUUCUUGUUCUGUUCUGUUCUGUUUUGUUUUUAAAGUCUUGCUGUGGUCUCUUUGUGGCAGAAGUGUUUCAUGCAUGGCAGCAGGCCUGUUGCUUUUUUAUGGUGAUUCCCAUUGAAAAUGUAAGUAAAUGUCUGUGGCCUUGUUCUCUCUAUGGUAAAGAUAUUAUUCACCAUGUAAAACAAGAAAAAAUAUUUAUUGUAUUUUAGUAUAUUUAUAUAAUUAUGUUAUUGAAAAAAUUUGGCAUUAAAACUUAACCGCAUCAGAAGCCUAUUGUAAAUACAAGUUCUAUUUAAGUGUACCAAUUAACAUAUAAUAUAUGUUUUAAAUAUAGAAUUUUUAAUGUUUUUAAAUAUAUUUUCAAAGUACAUAAAAUCUGGGGGUUCUGGGUUUUUUUCUCUUCACUGUAAAACAAACAUGAAAACGUGUUUUAUUAUAAAUACGUGUGUUCCUUGCUUUAAGAUCAACCUGACUAGUAGCAGCAAUUGAAUAGCCCUCCAGAGAGGAUGCUAAUUUCAAAGCACUGGAAGGCCAAUCCUGCAGUCUGUGAGCUUCUGAGAAGCUCUAGGAUUGAUUCUGUCUUCCAGGGUGGAAAACAGAAUGUCAUUUUCUAGGACACUUGAAAGUUUUUCCCUUUGAAGUGAUAUACUUUCAUCAAAUACCAAACCAUGUAUCCUAGCAACAUCCAGAUCCAUGAAUCAGGGCUGGCUGGCUCUAUUUGACUAUAAAAUAACUGUUAAAAAAAAAAGUAGGUCUAUUUAGGGAUAAUGAGAAUAAAUUGGCCCAAAUUUAGAAAGUCAACUACUGGAAAAAAAAAUGUAGAUAUUCAAUAUUUGGAGAUAGGUCAUGUCCCCUUGGUUUGGAAACAAUGCCAUUUGCAGCACAUAUUUGUAUCUAUUGCAUCGAUUUAAUUUUUGUACAUGGAACACGAAGAUUUUAUAUCAUAGUACCCAUGAUCUAACAGAUUGCUAGGAUUUCUAAAAAGAUUUGCCUCCGUGAUGGCUGCCAAGCCGCUGGGUAAUUUAGUUAAAGUGUUUAAAGUUAUCACUAAAUCUUAGGGAAAUAAAUGGAAAGAUUUUAAACUAGAGAAAGGGCCAUUAAGGAAAAAAAGCAUCUGUUCCUACUCUUCAGACUCCCCAUUUGAACACUGAACAACCCAUCCCAGAACGUGGUGAACUAUAUCUGUGCAAUGUAUCAUUUCUAUUUCAAACAUACACACAUGGUUUCCUCUUGUAUUGUCUUAUAAAUAAGGAUCAGGAAAGUCAUAACAAACAUUGACUUGUGUUGUGUAUAUGGAAGAACAGAUCGAAUGAGAUGAACUGCUCUAUUAUAAUCUGUCCAGUGAAUUUACUUGCACUGGAAGAGAAGACCUUGACUUGCCAGACAUGACAGCCCAGCCAGGGAAUUAGAACUUUGUUAUACUUCCGACUUAACCAAUUAUCAUAGUUGAAAAAGACUAACUUAAAUGAAGGGUUGAGGAAUAAUCGAGAAUCAAAUGUGUCAUUCAAAUUACUUGAAGUUAAUGGAGUUUGGUAAACAUGACAAAGUUUUCAAUAGGGGACGAGGUCAGAGAAACAACAAUGAAAAGGAGCUAUCCAUUAACUUAACUAACUUGGAGUUGACGGGAGUAAUCAAUUUGUACUGCAUUCUUUAGGUAAGAAGGUAAACCUGCUUAAUCAUUAAGAAUCUUGGAAAAGACUCAGAUCAUUGCUUUCAUCUAUUGUUUUUUUUUUGUUUGUUUGUUUUUUAGACAUAUUAGUAAGCCUCUGUGGUCAUGCUGUGUCUAUGAAGUCUUUUUAUUCCCUGAAUAAUAUCACAAUUCUGAGUAAGAGUUUGAACUAAACCUUAGAAGGAAUUAGUUAAGUUGUCCCUCAUUCAUUUAAUUGGUUACUAGACUCUAGGUAAAAUGUCUUUUUUUUUUUUUUAAUAUGUGUCAAACACCUCUUGAACCACCAAAAACUGUCAGUCCUUGCUCAGCCAGCACUCCAGCAGCAUCAGGACUUAUGCCUAAAGGAAAACAUUCCUGUCUCUUGGGUUCUAGCAUUGAGCUUACUCUGUCAGUCAGUUUUAGUGAAAUAGCUACAUUUCUGGUAAGCCAUUGUUGGUAAAGAGUGAUGAGAAACAAUGCAUGUUCAGAAGUACAGAUAGAUAAGUAUUGAGCAUAGAAAGAUCCAUGCAUAAUGUAAUCCAGCCUCAAAGCAAAAUUAGUGUUUGAUGAAACCUGGGCCAUUCUUUUAGCUGUGGGUUAACUGUUGUUUUAAGAGUGGUUUUUGAUUGGGGGUAGAAGGGGUAGGGAGAGUGGCUAGGACUCUGGUUCUUGUUGGUUACAUUGAACUAACUGGGGCUGGUGAACUCACUACCUAAGAGCCAGGUAUAGUGACUAGAGUGGAUGCAGCCACACCAGUCCACUCCAAUGUAUGGCCAUUCCAGCUAGUAAGCACCCUGCCUGUACCUCUGCCUCCAGUCUUCUAAGCAUCUUCAUUUUUUCUUUCAAUUCUUGCCACUGUUCUCCAUAGGGGGGGGGGGGGAAUGAAUGCAAACUCCUUGCUUUUUGAAGUGUGAUUAGAUGCAGUAAAUUUCCUGAAGAAAAUAUUUAAAUAUUAACAGAAACAUACUGUGGUCUCUUACACCUUAUAUUCCUCAUUAACAAAAAGAGCUAUCGAUGUGAUAGGAUUUCUAUAGGCCUUUACCUCAACCCCUUCUAUAGGCACCAAUCGCCAUAGCAGAAAACUCCCCACUACCACCCCACCAUUUGCUUUUCUGAAUAAAAUAAAUCCUGUGUGUACUUGAUAAUGUCAG